AUGAGCAAAGAUAAAGCCAAAUUAGGGACCGCGAGGUCGGCAACGGAAUAUCGUCUAUCGAUUGGUAGCGCUCCAACUUCCAGAAGGUCAUCUAUGGGUGAAUCCUCAUCCAUGGCAAAAUUUACUGGUCAGGAAGGACUAGCAACUUCAGUUGGUGAAAGUAGUGAAAAUGCUAUACAGCAGGUUCUGCUACCGAAGAUCAGAGAAUUAAGUGAUUCAAUUAUCACUUUAGAUUCAAAUUUUACGCAUUUGAACUUUAUUCACGAAAGUUUGGCUGACCUGAAUGAAUCACUAGGAUCAUUGUUAUAUGGUAUCAUGAGUAAUUCAUGGUGUGUCGAAUUUUCGCAAGCGCCUCAUGAUAUUCAGGACGACCUGAUGGCUAUCAAACAAUUGAAGCUGUUGGAAGAUGAGAAAAAUAGUUUGUUGAGAGAAGUAUCUAAUAUAGAGCGUGGGAUUUCAAGAAGAAAAGAUGAACCAGAUGAAAAUAGCUCGGGCAAGGGACCCCAAAACAAACAGUUUAGCCAGCCGCUAUUUCCUUCCUCACAAGUAAGAAAAUAUAGGCCAUACGAGAACAAAGACAAAAGGAAGUCCACCAAGACUGCUAACAAUCCACAUACAGAGAAUGACGAAGAUUAUGACGACGAUACCAGCAGUGAAGCCUCUUUUGUGCUAAAUCCAACGAAUAUGGGGAUCUCCAAAUCGUCACAAGGGUACGUGGGUAAAAACGCUCGUUCGAAUAACAAUAACAAUAGCAAAUUAAGGAGAAAAUCGAUUUUACACACAAUUAGAAAUAGUAUUGCCUCUGGUGCUGAUUUGCCUAUCGAAAACGGUAAUGUUGUUAAUCUAGGGGAUUUGCAUUCAAAUAAUCGAAUAUCGCUAGGAAGCGGUGCUGCUAGGAUAGUCGAUGGGCCCAUGGCAAAGAAAAGGCACUCCAUGUUCACUGGACAUACUGAAAGGACUUCUACAGAAAAUAGACACUCAGUUGCAAACAAAGGAGAGAAAAAAAUGAGUACAAGACCACCUUUCAGGUGA